AAGAAUUUUUGACAUAUUUUACCACCUCCUCUUCUCUUCUCUCACCACCCUCCACUGCCAUCGUCUCUGCCCCUUCCCCCGCCGUAUCUCCCAAGAGUUAGUUGCCUUGAUUAAAAUAAAGUCAAAAUUGUUCUUAUAUCUUAAUAGUACCGUCCUGUAGCAGUUUGUUGUUUUGUUGUCACAACUCACGAGAGUUUUGCUAAACAUAUUCUCUCUUUCAGUGCUGCAUACAUUAUUAUACUACGUAUCAUUUUCUAACUUAUCUUGUUUUCUGGGUUUACUCUUUCUUUAAUUAUUACGGAAUAUUAUUAUUAUAAAUUCAUGCAUUAAUAUUCAUAUAUACUUUGUUGCAAAAUAAAAUAAAAUAAAUGAAUAACCAUUCAAUAGCAUGUGCGGCUUGAAAUUAUUAGUUGAGCAGCGACUGUUAUCUAUAUCCGUUUUUCCUUUAUUUUUUUUGGGAAAAUUAUUUGAAGUAUAAUAAGAAUUAAUUUGACUGGUAAUAAUAGCAAACGAAAAGUUUUGAUGGAUCGAACACGAUUUCAGCAGCAGCAGAUGACUUCCGGGCUGACGCGCUACCGGUCAGCGCCAACUUCAUAUUUUUCAACCCUUAUGAAUAGUUCUGCUGCAGCUGAUGCCGGAAGUAUUACCGGCGGCGGCGGAGGCGGCGGCGGAGGUUAUCCCAGAGGUGAUUUUGACCGGCAAGCUUUUGGGAGGCUCAUGGCGAGCCUAGAUUCCCAAGACUUGAGCUCGAAUCAGCAGAACCCGAAGAGGAAUUUGAACGUCAAGCAAGAAUCCGAAGCGUUUGAGCAGCCGUUUAAGCAGAAAUUGCAGAAGGUUGACCUUUUGUCAAAGGGUGAUAUUGGAAACUAUUCAGGACAAGCUCGAAACACCCAUACUUCUGGGGCUACUACUGCUUCUACUUCUGCAAUGGAUAGGCAGGAUAGUUCUUUUGGUUUGAUGAAUUCUUCAAAUCUCACCCGUUAUAAUACUUCUCCAGCUGGUUUUUUUGACCAAAUGGAUAUCCAGAAUGAAUAUGGUGGAGAAGCAGUGUUUUCCUCUUCCAGCCUAAGGUUUAAGAAUCAUACAAGCUUUUCAUCAGGGCAGCCAACUUCUUGUUCAGCACCAAUGGAUCCUAUAUCUGAGAUUGGAGACGAGAGCGUGAAGGACGAAGGCAGUCCAAGGAAUCAUGAAGAUUACGCCUCGGCUUUCUCCUUACCACCUUGGGAGGAUUCAGAUAUUUUUUCUGAUUAUUUCCUAAAUGCACCCGGAGAAAAACCACUUUUGAAUCCAAACACAUCAGAUGUUCAGAAGGGUGAAGAUCAAAGCCGAACUCCUGGCCUAUUGUCUCAUCACUUGAGUUUGCCCAAAAGUUCUGCACAACUAUCUGCAAUAAUGCAGGAUUCUGUGCCAUGUAAGGUCAGAGCUAAGAGGGGUUGUGCAACUCACCCGCGUAGUAUAGCCGAGAGGGUUAGAAGAACCCGUAUAAGCGAGAGAAUGAGAAAACUACAGGAGCUCGUUCCGAACAUGGAUAAGCAAACGAACACUGCGGAUAUGUUGGACUUAGCAGUUGACUACAUCAAAGGUUUAGAGUCAAAAGUCAAGGUAUUAUCAGAAAAUCGCGCAAAAUGUAAAUGUUCAGGUAAAUAGAAUGUCACAUAGGGGACCAGGUAGGGUUGGCUGAGCAGUGCACUGUCAAACAUUAUAUAUGUAAUAUAUAGAUAUAUAUUAUAUGUAUACAUAUAAAGCAUUGGUUGUAUGUUGGUUGACCUCAUUUUUAUCAUCAAAAGAAACAUAAAAGUAGGAGGCUUUGAUGUAUGUUUGACUCCUUUGCUGGGGAGCAAUCAUUUUCAGAUGUAUGAUCUUGUCCUUGAAUUGAAGUAGAAGUUAAACAAAGCUGUGGUUGCAAGCUGUCUAUUUAUGUCAAAGUUUAAUAAUGCCAUUACUGCAUCACCUAUUGUGGCCUUGUGGGGUCAGUAAGAGGGUGUUGUGUUUUGCUCCCCCAUAUUUAUAUAUGGGAGAAAUCUGUUGAAACAAAGAUGUCUGAUGAAUGGAAUUUGAAAUAAUAGU